AAAGUCCUCGUAAGCUGCAGCAAAUAAUUGGGGUAUUGGAUAAACCUUGGAGUGUUGGGGUUUUAGUUUCAGAGCUCUCUUUCUGCACAGUCUCUCUCACUCUUCUCCUCUGAAUUUGAAGGUUCAAUUUCAACAGGCCAGAAUAAGCCACUGCUGUAAACAUGGUAAGUGUGAUCAUGGCCCCAACUUUCUGCUCAAUCUCGGUCAGAAGAAGCGGCAAAGAUUGGAGCGAGCGCAGUAGUACUAACGGGCAACAUCGUGGUAUGAAAUUGAAGGCAAUGCGGAUAGAGAAACCUCUGGAGGAAUUGUACCAAGUGAGAGUGGAGAGAGAGGUGUCGCAGGAGAGACUGGCGGAGCUUGGAGUCUCCAGAUGGUCAAUGUGGAAGACGGGCAAGUGCAAGCUGCCGCGGGACUGGCAGGUCGAUCAGCUGGUUUACAUUGAGGAAGGAGAGGUGAGAGUCGUGCCCGAAGGCAGCCGGCAGUACAUGCAAUUCGUGGCGGGGGAUCUUGUUCGUUACCCCAAGUGGUUGGGCGUUACAGUUUCCGAGCCUUUGGCGAUGAUUAGUAGACUUACGUAAUGUAUUUUGAUAGUACCAUUUUCAUAUGAACUGCAAAGAUGUUUUAUUGAACAACAACAUCUUCCAUUUCUGGCAUGAUAAAGUACAGAUUUCCGAAAGAAGUAUCAAGCCUACAGCUCUAGGAAUGCAAUCCGUUGGCCGUGACAGUUGACCAAGCACCGGACUAAGGAUCACAAC